AUGGGUCCCGGCGGUGCCGCGCCAGGAGGAGGGCCUGGCGGACCGAUCCCGCUCCCAUUUCCGAUCCCAGGUCAGAGGGAACGGCAACAGCAGCAGCGACCGACCCCGCCGGCACCACGCGUGUGGGCGCUUCCGCCCGCGCCUGGACCGUCGCUGCGCCAGCGCGUGGAGCAGAAGGAGCGCGAGGCGGGGUUGAGGUGUUUUGAUGUGAGCUGCGGCGUUGGGCCGAGCGAUGAUGAGCCGGUUCCUUUGAUUGCGGCGUUGUCGCUUGAGGGCGAGGGCGAGGGGAGGAGGAGGGUGAUGAAGCAGACGGGGAUUCGACACCACGAGCAUCAUCACGAAGGGGACCUAGAGGGUGGCGAAGAAGGGCACAAGAACGCGAAGGAGGGAGUGUGCGCGCACACGUUCCAUCCCGCGUGUCUUGUUAGUGCCGAGCGCGUCGCGGGGUGGGGCGGCGAAGACAGGGAUGUGGGCAGUGCGCAGGUCGAGGUGGCGUGUCCGGUGUGUCGAGCGGUUGGGUGGGUGUCGCGCGAGGAUUGGGAGGAGGGCGUGCACGCGCUUUGA